UUAAAUAGGUUAUUUAUGGCCGAUUUGCAAGAUGAUGAUCAGAACGCAAACGGGGAUAUUAACGAUCCGAAGAAAGCCGGCACAAGAGUUUUCAAAAAGAGUUCGCCAAAUGGAAAGAUAACAGUUUAUAUCGGCAGAAGGGACUUCUUAGAUCAUCUAACACAUGUUGAUCCGAUAGAUGGAGUUGUACUCAUUGAUCCCGAAUAUCUCAAAGACAGAAAAGUGUAUUGCCAUGUACUGGCUGCUUUUCGUUACGGACGGGAAGACCUGGACGUGCUGGGGCUGACAUUCCGCAAAGACCUCUACCUUGCUACGCAGCAGGUGUACCCUCCACCCCCAGAAUCAGAACAGACUAAUCUAACCCGUCUGCAGGAGAGACUCAUCAAGAAACUAGGCCCCAAUGCCUACCCCUUCUUUUUCCAGCUGUCCCCCCAAACCACUCCGGCAUCAGUCACUCUUCAGCCUGCCCCGGGCGACACAGGGAAACCCUGUGGCGUGGACUAUGAAUUAAAAACAUAUGUGGCAGACUCUUUAGAAGACAAACCACACAAAAGGAACUCGGUGCGUCUGGCGAUUCGGAAGCUGACGUAUGCGCCGAAGAAGCAGGCGCCGCAGCCGUCGGCAGAGACGAGUCGCGAGUUCAUCAUGAGUUCCAACCCAUUACACUUGGAGGCUAGUCUGGACAAGGAGAUGUAUUACCACGGGGAGAGCAUCAGUGUCAAUGUCACCAUCACAAACAAUUCCAACAAGAGCGUCAAAAAAGUGAAGGUGAGUGUACGGCAGAUAGCGGACAUCUGUCUGUUCAGCACAGCCCAGUACAAGUGUCCGGUGGCGGAGCUGGAGAGUGAGGAGCGAAUGCCGGUGGGGCCGAGCCAGACUCUGACCAAAGUGUACACUGUGACACCUCUGCUGAGUGAGAACAAAGACAAGAGGGGUCUGGCACUGGACGGGAAGCUGAAACACGAGGACACAAACCUCGCAUCAUCCACCAUCGCGUGCAGCCACUCAAAAGUGGCAGAUCCUGCUCAGAAGGAGAAUUUGGGAAUAAUUGUGCAAUACAAAGUCAAAGUGAAGCUAAUAGUCGCGUUCGGAGGGUUUGGGAAAACCACUGAUGUAUCUGUGGAGCUCCCGUUUACAUUAACACACCCGAAAGCAGAAGAGCCAGAGUUAGCUUUCCAGAGUGAAGUCAUACCUGGUGUUACAAAACAGACAGUGGAUCACAACCUGAUUAACUUUGAGACACAAGGUGUUGCAGCGAAAUCAGAAGCAGUGGCCGAGAACGGACCAGUCGCCACUUCGGCAUCGGCAGGAGAGGGCGGCGAAGGUGGGGGAGGGGGCGGGGACUUAGCGGCAUUGAUAGGUGGGGGCGAAACGGUGCAAUUCGAAGACGAUGAUUUCAUUUUCGAGGAAUUCACUAGGAUGAGACUCAAAGGCGCCAAUGCCGAAGACAUGGAGGCCUGAAGAGGCCAAGAGAGGUCACGAAAGCUCUCGGCUUUUAUCUAACUUCACGAAGAAGUAGAGUUAAAUCACACAACGACGUAGCUUUGAAUCUUAAACCAGAGACGAAAUAUUUGGAAAGAAAAUUGGUGUUAGAUGUAUCUAUGUAAAACUCUACCGUUCGUAUUGGAGAACAAUUAGCAGUACACAAAAACCCUUAGUAAUUUUCAAAACUCUAAUUCGAAUUGUAAAUUGAUUAAAUGUUUUUAAUAGGUUUAGUGUAAUAAUGCGUUUCUAUCUUCCC